AUCUGCUCUUUUCUUCUCCCCUGUAGCUCCCGAAAUCCCCCCCAAGCUGCCGGCAACAAUUUUUGAGAAAAACUGGUAAAAAAGCUUGGAUUUUCUCCUUAUUUUCUUGUCCAAAAACCAGAUUUGAGCUUAGAAACCUCCUCCCCCUGCUGGAAAAUCCGGAUCUGCUCUGCUCCUCCUCUUCACCGCCGGCUGCUCCUGCUUUGUGGGGUGUGUUUUGCUCCGGUUUUUGGUAAGAAAUAGCCAUGAAACUCCCUUAUCCAGCUUUAAUUGCCUUGGGUUUACGUUAAUUGCUCUUAUUUCCUUCAAUUUUUGGAUGGAUUUCCCGUGAGCUUCUUCUCCAAAUUCCCGCCGGCAACUUCCCCAACUGCAGCUCCAGUUUUAGCUGGAGAAUUCUGGAAGCGAAAUCGAGGACGGGGAAACCACGGGAAGUGACGAGUUAGAAGGCUAGCUAUUUCGAGAUUGAUAUAGAUUUUAGAAAUAGAUCAUGAUCUUGUAAGCUAAAUUGUAUUUGGAGAUUUUAUGAUAUCAAAGUAGAUUUAUAAUUUGAUCUUCAGAUUUUGAUGGUAUCAGAUUGUGGUAUGAUAAGUUCUGAGCCUUAUGCAUUCGUGGGACCCUCUCACGAGUGCACGGCGUCUACCACGUUCCCGGAUUUGGGUUUUGAGGCAUGACAGCCUUAAUCAAGAAAACUCAAACAACGCCCAGCCCUAAAUACAAAGUUCUGAAAAUAAAGGCAUAUAGGAAUCUGAAUGCAAUAUUUAUUGACUUUAUGAUUUUAUUUUUAUUCUUUAUGGUAAUCACGAGAUUUGUUAAUAUAGCAAUAUAGAGAUU